GUCGGAAAGCGAGGAGCUCAACUGCAUCGCGGAGCUUACACGAAAGUCAACCGCCCUACGUUGUCAAGCAUCAAGGCUUUUGACUCUACAUAUCGCCAUCGCGACAUCUUGCGACAGCUCUGGCUCUAGGGGACGUACGCGAGGACCUGUGGGUAGCUGCGCUCAUUUUCUCCUCAUAUCCAGCUCUAGCACAGCGCGUUCAAGAUGAGCAUGUUUCAGCAGAAAAAGCCGUAUUCGGCGGUCACUGUGACAAUCGAGAACCUCACUGCCGAGUCUUACGAUGAGGAGGACUUUAGUGGUAUUCCGGAGCUCGUCGAGGUCAUCAAGCUCCAGUCCACGGGCCCCUCCGAGGCUGCUCGCGCGAUACGAAAGAAGCUCAAGUACGGGAGUGUGCAUCGCCAAAUCCGCGCCCUCGUCAUUCUUGACGGGCUCAUCCAGAACGCGGGCCCACGGUUCCAGCGCGCCUUUGCUGACGAGCCGCUCCUCGAGCGUCUUCGCGUCUGCGGUACAUCGGAUCUCUCCGAUCCAGACGUGCGGAAGAAGUGCCGCGAGCUGUUCAGAGAAUGGUCCGCUUUCAAAGACACUCCUGGUCUCCAGAAGAUUGCUGCGCUCCACAGGGAACUACCCAAGAAAAAGGUUGCGGUCACCCAGGAGCGCUCCAAGGUCAUCCGCGAGACGGAGGCGAAUCCUUUCGGUGAUGAAGAGGAAGAGGCCGCACGCGAAGCCGCCCAGCAGAAAGCUUCUGCCAGUGGCCCUUCCCACAAGCCCUCGUCGAGCACCGCCUCUGCCGUAGCGAUGCAGAAGGCCGGCGCUGGGUCGUCUUUCUUCAGCUCGUCAAAGGACAAGAAGAAGGACAAGUCCAAGGGCAAGAGGAAGCCUUUCAAUCUCGAGGCCGAGAAGCCCCAGAUGAAAGCCGUCAUUGCCGAUGCCUCCAUCUCCUCGACGAAUCUGCUCAACACCCUCCAAACGAUCAACCGCGAGACGGAGCGGAUAUCAGACAAUCCCUCCGCGGUGGAGAAGUUUGAGGCCUGCAAGCAACUGCGCCGACGCGUUCUGCGAUAUAUUCAUCAUGUCGAGGACGAGCAUUUCCUCGGCAGCUUGCUGAACGCCAACGAUGCCCUUGUACACGCGCUCAUGUCCUUUGAGCAGAUGGACAACGCGAUCGACGCCGAUAGCGACUCGGACGACGAGCUCGCCGAGCAGGCACAUUUGUAUCGAAUGGCGACCAUGAACAAGAAAGAAGACUCGGGAUCUCCUACUUCAGCUCAGCCUCCUGACCUGGGAAAUCUAUCCAUCUCAACCAAUGCGCAUGCCCCGCCCGUGCCCUCGACGUCGACGAAGCCGAACGCGCCACCGCCUCCCAAGCCGCCUCGCCCUGCAGCUGUGCCCGACGCCGACUCGGAGCCUGAGGACGAAAAUGAUCCAUUUGGCGAUAAGAAUGUCGUGGAGACUCCUGCCUUUGAACAGGGCGAGCCUAGGUGGUGAUAUCUGAGAUGAGAGGACGGGAGCAGAUUGUCUGGUGGGUUGGCCGCAAUUUCGUGCGCACCUGCACGGCGAACUAUGUUCUUCUCAUCAUCUCAGGGUUAUUCAAGGCGCAUGGUGCGAGCUUUCGAGGGGAGCAUGCAGGGGACGCUUCUCACCUCCAAUCUACAAUUGACAGUCUUUGUGUAUAUACCAACCUUCAGGUUGUUCCCGCGCAGAUUAUACAGAUUCUAUGGACAUGAUUACCCAGCGGGGAAGAGAUAA